GCUGUAACGCCCCCAAGUGGCGGAAAAGGAAGAAGCGGAAUCACGUGAUAGGUGCUUUAAAAAAGAAGCAGCAGCAGCAGUAGCAUUAGGUCACGUGUUUCGAGCCGCCUGCACCGCAGAGCCUGGGCGGCGGGUGACCCUUCUUGUCCCUGGCCAUGGCAUCCCAACCUUAUGCUGAUACAGCCCCGAUCCUAACCCAAGCAGAUGACACAGACGAUGAGGAAAAAGAAGGACUCCAGUCAGGACCUGAAGGGGAAGUAGAGGUAGAGGCCCUUACGGGUAUCUCCUCUGUGCAUGCUGGCUUCAUUGUAGGUGUCCUCUUCUUUAUCAACUUGCUGAACUACAUGGACCGCUUCACUGUGGCAGGUGUUCUUCCUGACAUUGAAACAUUUUUUCAUAUUGAUGACAGCAAAUCAGGACUUCUACAGACAGUUUUUAUUAGCAGCUACAUGGUACUGGCACCAAUCUUUGGUUAUCUGGGAGAUCGGUAUAAUCGCAAGUAUCUGAUGUGUGUUGGAAUCUUCUUCUGGUCGCUUGUGACUUUGGCAAGCAGCUACAUCCCCCAGGAGUGGUUCUCGCUAUUGCUGCUGACACGAGGCCUAGUAGGUGUGGGAGAGGCUAGCUACUCAACUAUUGCCCCCACCAUUAUUGCUGACCUGUUUGUGGGUGAACGGCGAUCCCGCAUGCUCAGCAUCUUCUACUUUGCUAUACCUGUGGGCAGUGGACUGGGCUACAUUGUGGGGUCAAAGGUGAAAGACCUGACUGAUGACUGGCAUUGGGCUCUGAGAGUGACUCCAGGUCUGGGAGUGGUGGCUUUGGUGUUGCUGCUAAGUGUAGUACGUGAGCCACCUCGGGGCGCUGUGGAGACACACUCCGAUGCUCCCCUGCAGUAUACUUCAUGGGCAGCUGAUCUGCGGGCUCUGAGCCGCAAUCGCAGUUUUGUGCUGUCAUCACUAGGUUUCACAGCUGUGGCCUUUGUAACAGGGUCCCUGGCUCUGUGGGCACCUGCAUUUCUGUACCGCUCACGCCUGGCUAAUGGAAGCCUUCAGCCUUGCCCGCCUGGGAAAGUUUGUACUGGUGACUCUGACAGUCUCAUCUUUGGCAUUAUCACUUGUGUGACUGGCGUGCUGGGUGUUACUUUGGGAGUGGAGAUUUCUCGGCGCUGGCAGCGUACCAACCCUCGUGCUGAUCCCCUGGUGUGUGCAACGGGACUGAUUGGCUCUGCUCCCUUCCUGUUCCUGGCAGUGGUGUGUGCUCAGAGCAGCAUCAUCGCCACUUAUGUAUUUAUUUUUAUCGGUGAGACUCUACUCUCCCUGAAUUGGGCCAUAGUAGCGGACAUGCUUCUGUAUGUUGUUAUCCCUACACGCCGAUCUACAGCAGAAGCUUUGCAGAUUCUAAUGUCCCAUCUCCUGGGCGAUGCUGGCAGCCCUUAUCUCAUUGGCUUGAUCAGUGACCGAAUCCAGCGUGAUCGACCCUUAUCAUACCUGUCACAGUUUCACAGUCUUGAAUAUGCGCUUAUGGUCUGUGCCUUUGUGGGAGUUGUUGGUGGAGGCUUCUUCCUAGCCACAGCAUGCUUCAUCCAGGCAGACCGUAAGCGCACAGAGCUCUUUGCACAAGGGCAAUUACAAGAGUCAUCAGAUCGUGAAGAUCGCAUUGUUGUUCCUCAACGUGGACGAUCGACUAAAGUCCCUGUCUCCAGCGUCCUGAUCUGAGCCCCACCACCCCUACACCUUGUCC